AUGGAUCUUCACCGGAUCCUGCUGGAGCGUCUCGGUGCUAUAUUACUUGCCUUGCCAACAGACGCGUUGCGAGCCCCUUUCAAAGAAGAAGCUUGGCUUGUAAACAGGCCGCAGGUCGAGCUUUGUUCUGGAAAGGCAGGCUGCGCCGGGUGGUGA